UUAAUGUUACAAUCGUCAUCGUUGUAAAAUGCUGAACUGGAGAAAAAGAUCGUGGACGCUAACCCUGCUGGCAAUGGUUUUUAUCCUGUCCACUUCCGCCCAGGAAGGGGGCAUGUCGAACAGGAUAGCGACACCGGGUGAGCCCCUCUACUAUCUGAUGGCGGAUGCGGGUCCUUUGGUGACCCCAAAUGAGUCUCUGAGACGCACGAACCGCUCGCUGCUCAAGUGGUGGGAUGAUCUGUUCCCCCGCAACAACAACUGCUGCAGCAGCAACGUGGUGUAUCCACCAGCUCCUCUUGCCCCCGCUCCCACUGUAGCUAACAACUGUAAUGGCCUACAGCUCCAGGACCUGGAUCCCUUCAAGCAAAUGAAACUCUUCAAGAAACUCCCAGAACUCUUCCCCUCACCCAAUCCCUGUGUGCAGUGUGCCGGCAGUUGUGGUCAGCUGCCGCAAAAGGAGAACAACUAUGGGCCACAGAGUCCUUCCUUUGGCGGUGAUGGUUAUGGUGUGCCACCCAGCGCAGAGAUUGUCAAACCCAAUCCAGAGUACAAUGGCCCCGGAGAUGGCGAUGCGGGGUUUGUAGCGCCGCCAGCUCCAUCAUUCGAGGCCCCAGCACCUCCAGUUCAAACUUACGAAGCUCCGGAACCACCUGCUCCAUCAUACGAAGCCUCUGCAGCUGAUUACAAUACUCCUGCUCCACCAGCUUUCAUCUACGAUCCGAUAGCACCAAUCUACAACCAACCUGAGCGCCCAUCCGAAGUCUAUAGAAAGACGCAAGAGUACGCACAGCCAAGUUACGUUGGAGCACAACCUCCACAAAUUGUUUACCAACCCAUUAUCUACGUCUCCACUCCUCUGGCGUCCCAAUCGUCUUACCAUGCGGAAAUUGAUGACCAGAGGUAUGUUAACCCGACAUCUCUAUCACCAUCACCACCACUACCACCUACUUCCGUUUACGAAUCACCACGGGAAAGCUGUCAGCAGCCGGCGGCCCCACCAAAACCCAGCUAUGCCACGCAGUCGUGUCAAACUCCAAUCCGUUUGUCGCUCAUAGAUCAACCAUACCGAGUGGCCCCGGAACUGUUCGAGGAAUACAACUAUCGAUUGGCUUUGGCUUCCCAGAAUAUCUUGUAGUUAAGGAAUCCCGGAUGCUUGACGAAUCUGUAAAUAAAAGUCUUCUCAUGA